AACCCUGUAACGCUGUCUUCGAGUAGUGGAGGCCAGAAAAUGGGAAGCUCCUCGUGAUCAAAUCGAACAUCUCACCGACUCACUGUGGGGAAGGACACUAAUUUGGGGUUGAAAACCGCAAAAUAAAAGCCCAAACCAGGACAAAGGAAGGGAAAAUAAGAUUAAAGAUAACAAAAAAAGAAUUCAUAACUACGUCAACUGGCAUCUGAGACGAAUUGGGCUACACAGAACCUCACGUCCUUUACAACGCAACAUUAGAACUCUUCGUUCAGCGAUAGCUACAGUGGCCUCCACCGUUCUCGAAACAACCGAAGGGAAGAUACGAUUCAAAGAGAGAACCCAGGUGAUUAAAGCUAUAAGAUGUCUCAGCAGACCAUGACCAUACCAAUGAGAACAUCAAGUGUGAACGCUGUGCCGAGCGGGAGGCAUUUGUCAAGUGGUAGUCAAGAAAAUUUGAGAUGCGAGAAAGCAUCAAAAGCUCAAAAGAUAUUGGGGACGACCAAUAUUCCCAUCACGCAAGAUCAACACCGGCGGGAUGAUAGAAAAGCGCGAGGAACAAGCUUCAUGAGAGCCCCAGAAAUCAAGUCGAAGAAAAGCGGCGGGUUUGCCCCCUUCCCGACUCCCACGCCUGAAGCAAGUUUACCACCACCACACCUCCGUGUUCGAGCAUCAUCCCCUUUGCUUGGACAAGAGUAUCGAUCGCAAGAUGCUUUACCGCCACCUAUUCCUACGCACCCCAAAAGGGUUCAGCAAUCCGGCUCCUCGUCUACUUUAUUUUCCUAUUUCAAUUCUCGAACUUCUACCAUGGACUCGAAUAUCACUCGUAAUACGACAAAGGAUUCCAACGCAACCGAAGAUCAUAGCUUUCAAUUACAGCACAAUGCUGAGUCACGCCAUAGUUUGAAGCAACCCAAAGGUUCUAUGAAGGAGUCGAAACGGAAAAUGCGCCCACCCAGAAUUGAUCUCUCUCUUCUAUUUCCGAAGCCACGAGUGGAUAAUGCUCCCCUUCUGUCGCCGCAGCGCAUGGUGAACUCACCUUCUGCAAUAUCAGUGGCCUCCGAGCAUCCCGCAGCCAAACCGAGGAACCCAGAUAGCCAUGUAACCGCAAAGGAAGUCACGAAAUCAUCCCCUUCGUUAGGCCUUGAAACGGGCGGUCGUCAAGCCACGGUCAACUCUAGCGAGUCCUCACCGAUUUACGAGCCAGGUAACGCAAACUGGCUUGAUCCAUCACUUGAAAGGACAGUCCGUACCAGUGAGAUGGAUUUGGCAUUGAAAAGGUACAGCCAGUUCCAGAAAGCCUCUCAGCCAACUGGAAAUGCUCGAUCCAGUCGGUUGCAUUUACGGCCACGAAGCCGUGAACAACCACAAGCAAGUGAUGCGAAGUCCACAGGGAGUUCUUUGCGAAAGGUCCCGUCCAAUAGCUCGGCCGGGGGGUGGAGCAGGGAAACAUACCUGUCUCCCAAGUCCUUUUCCCGCCCUUACAAUCCUCGUGUUUCUAACUCGUCCAAUGCAUGGCGCGACGAAACACACGAACCUACCCAUAAAAGCUCUAUAUCGAAGAAGAGCAGUAAAAACACUCUGAAAAAUGUGGAUCUCAAUCAAUCGAGCGUACUUUGUCUUUCAUCAUCAGAGGAUGAUGAUGAGGAGGAGGAGGAGUCAAUUACGCAUCAACGGGAAGUGGAAAAGAAUAUGAGAGACAGCGUAACCACUUUUGGCGAAUUUGAACCUGAGAUAUGCACAGCUUCUGCGGCGCACACUACGAAAGGGACAUUGAGACAAGUUGAGAGACCUUUCUCUGUUUCUGCUAGCAGUCGUGGGUCCCAGUCUGUUCGACGACAACAACGGUCUAUCUUGCGAAACCCAUCAAUGUCGUCUGCAGAAAAGUCAACCAUAGACACGAGGAGUCGAUCCCGCCGCUCAAGUGGAGUACCCACGAUAUCAGAGCCAGAUUUCCUCAACACGGAUCCGAUGAUUAGCCAAUUACGACACCCUGCUCAAAGAGCACGCAACCAGCAGAACCAGGCGAACCGAAGAAGCCGAGUCAUAGCCGUGACGAGGCAAGAAGAGCAUCUACUGGAAGCAAUGAGGCAGCGGAAAGGCAAAAUAACGCCCAGUCUAUUCCAUGAAACUCGUUACCAGGACCAUCUGGAACCUGAUAGAAAUUCUAUGCUGUCGGUGCCUUCGCGGGACUCAUUUUAUGGGUCCGAUAUCUCCUUUCUUCGACUUAGUCCUGGACUGCCUUCUAAUAUGCAACGAAUAAACCAAGGUGCAAGCCAUUUUGAUAAAGACAGUUCCAUUUCACAGGGCGUGGUUUCUGAUGCAGAACAGAAAACCACUAACUCGAGCGCGUCUCCUCGAGCUAGUUUAAUGUACUCGGAAAGUCUUCCAUCGCCCGCAACUAGUGGAGCUUCUCCAUUGACACCGACUCUUCCUAUACAUCGCUUUUCACCACUCCCAUCACAAAAGCCACCUCCACGCAACCCUCCUCCCGCAAUCCCAUCGGUCCAGCGACGACACUCGAGGCGACGCACUGAUAGUAGCGAGGCUAUCGUUUUGGGCGAUACGGAGGAACGGAAGGAAGCCGACGAUUUCCCGAUUUGGGCAUUGGGAUGGAGCAGCAAUGAUAGCGCUAAUCUCACCGCUGUACACUGAAGGUCCGGCGGUGUUCGGCUCCUUUUACAAUACUGCGGGUCCUUAGUGACGUCUUGAACAGAAUCACUUGUUCACUAUGACUUACUAUCAACUUGGCAUGCCCGUGACACGUCUCUCGCUUUGCCCCUAUUUCUUAUGCAUUCCAUGUUUCUCACUCUUACUUAUUGAUAUCUGCUAUCUCCAUUGGAUACCUACCAUUCGCUUAUUGAAACAUUUCCUUGAUCUUACUACUACCAACGAUGAUUGGCUGCUCAAUGCUAUUUUUUAUACUGUAUUUACUCCUGAUCAUGCCCAAUCAUGCAUAGAAAGAAAGAACAAGAAUAGACUAGUUUAGAUGAUCAAGUCCAUUCAAACUUUCACCAUGGACGACGAUUGUUCGCGACUCAAUCUUCUCCACCCAGUUCUUUGAUUUUUGCUUAUGGAUUGGCUAGACUUAUCAGAUAAAGAUAGUAAGUAGUACGUAUGUGUGCUUCUACAGCCUGUAUGGGGUAUUCGGAGUAAAGUUGUCUUCUCAUGAAAUCGAAUUAUAUUGUAUUUCAGCACUUUGUGUGUCUCUAUUGAUGUCUUCUCUUGUAAUGUACAUACUCUAUCUAGUUCCCGUAAGACACGAUAGCAACAUCGCAUCUUGACUUUUGGAAGUAUUAUUAGAUCUAUAACCUUACGUUCGGUCUUUCUAUACCUUCGAGAUCACACUGUGG